GCACUGCUCCUUUAAAUCAGUGACCACCUGCUCCUCUGGCGUCAGCAUCAUCCGCAGGCGGCACGAUUGCGAUCGAUACCACAGUAAAAUGUUCAAAGUGGGAUAUUUUAGGAAAAGCUCGACAUGCAUAGGGAGAGAAACACGAUCACCGAGCUGAGUGGCUCGACGAGAGACAAGCAUGAAACUUGAUAUCAAAUGUAACGUCAAGUCUCUUACCACCUAUUGAAUCAGUCCUUGAGAUGAGCAGAGCAGCUGAGUAAAACCGCCGGUUUUUGUUGCAAUAAGCAGCUAGGUGCCCCCUGCAGGCCAAGUCAGCUCAUUAUCUUCUUGACAUAAUUUGCACCUAAUCAUUUCGAAAGUGCCAGUCCACCUGGGAGGAUCGCAUCUGAGGCCUGAACGCCAGAAUGAUCUCAGCACAUCGUUAACACUUGCACCAAGAGCAGGAGGUGGAAACCAUAGCAACAGACGUGUCCUGUGUGUGUGCCCUGAAGAUGCCUCUCUGUUUUAUCAAGGUUGCAUCAGAGUUUGAAGCAUUACCCAAGAAACCGCUUCUGCUAAGUCAACGGAAGACAGGCAACUGCACCAUGGAUAUUGCCAUGGACGACCAAUUUCUGGAAGAUGACUUAAUGUGUAUACCACAACAAUAAUCAAACAAUAAUCAAACGUGCCCUCUUUUGGGCUGAUAUCUCUUGAUAAUAGCUGCUAUGGCUUUUUGUAAUGAAAGCUUGCUGGAGGAGUGUGACUUCAUGGAGCCGGACAAUGUAGAGGAAGCAGGGGAAAGUCUCCCGUCAGAAACUGCGACUCCCCUCAUAUCAGUCACUCUCCGUGUGACCCUGGCAGCCAUAAUGAUCUUCAUGAUUACUAUUGGUUUCCUUGGCAACGCGAUUGUGUGUCUGAUUGUUUAUCAGAAACCUGCCAUGCGGUCUGCUAUCAAUCUCCUCCUUGCCACGUUGGCCUUUUCGGACAUAAUGCUCUCGGUGCUCUGCAUGCCCUUCACUGCAGUUACUGUGGCCACUGCCGACUGGAGCUUUGGAAGCGGGUUUUGCCGAGCGUCCAUCAUGCUGUACUGGCUGUUCGUCCUGGAGGGGGUGUCCAUCCUCCUCAUAAUCAGUGUGGACCGUUUCCUCAUCAUUGUACAGCGGCAGGACAAGUUGACCCCACACAGAGCUAAACUGUUGAUUGCAGGUUCAUGGGUGCUGAGCCUGUGUGUGUCUCUGCCAUCUGUAGUCGGGUGGAGGACAGGUGCAGCAGGUAUUGGGGGUGCUUGGGCGCCGCAGUGUGUGCUAGGAUACAGUGAUUCUCUGGCAGACCGUGGAUACACAGUGCUGUUGGCAGUAGCAGUAUUCUUUGUACCAUUUGCUGUCAUGCUGUACUCUUACAUGUGCAUCCUCAACACAGUGCGCCGCAACACCCUGCGGAUCCACAACCACACCAGCGAACAUUCCUGCCUGCCAGCCCUCAACCAAGUCAGCAAAAUGAGACUUACUGGGCUGCAGCGGCCCCCUCAGAUCAAGGUGGACAUGAGCUUCAAGACCCGAGCCUUCACCACCAUCCUCAUCCUCUUUGUCGGCUUCUCUGUGUGCUGGUUGCCACACACGGUGGUCAGCUUGCUGGCCGUGUUCAGUCGGCAGUUCUACUACAGCUCGGUCUUCUACCCAAUCAGCAUAGGCGCUCUGUGGCUCAGCUACUUGAAGACAGUGUUCAACCCUGUCAUCUACUGCUGGAGGAUCAGAAAGUUCAGGGAGGCCUGUCAGGAGUUCAUUCCCAAGAGCUGCAGACUGUGUCCCAGAGUGCCAGGCAGGAGCCGCAGGAGAGUGAGGCCCAGCAACAUCUACGUGUGCAGCGAGACUCAAUCAGCUGUGUGAAACGAGGAGGACCAGUUUGUCGCUAUUGACACUGCUAGCAACUGUUUUUAACUCUUACUUUUCCUCAUAUUAAUCAGCGGCUGCUAAAGUUCACCUUAAAAGAAUAUACUGGUUGGCGACAAAAUAAUCUCACCACAAGAAUUAACUUUCAAUCUCAAUUUUUAAGCCAACAUGGACGAGUCCAAGUCCUUAAAGUGCAACAUCGACAACUUACUGACAACUGGGCAAAUGCAUCAGCUGAGGAAGGUCGUGUGAUACAAUCGAAAGCUCCAGAAAAGCUACUGAAAGGACCUUGUGGUGCAGAUUAGUUUGUCUUCUGGUUCCAAGAUCAGCAAUGAACUUUCAGUCUUAAGAUAUACUGGUUGAUUUAACUUCAUGGCCAUUAUGGUUUCUGAAACUUACUGCCAUUCAUACAAUUUCAUAAUCCUCCAUUGUCAAUUUAAUUCUUUGUUUCAUAAUUUGUCGCUGAAGUUUUUCAUCGAUGUCACUCUGUUUCUUCAGACUGUAGACUCAGUCAUUGAGUAGUAGUGGUGAUAAUAAAUCUAUUGUCUAUUAUGUGAUGAGUUUCACAAAAAAAGCAUACACGGUAUUAAUGUUCAGUGAUGUUCUCAAAGGAAAGCCUGUAAGCUUUCAACUGACGUCAUUUUUUAAAAACAGAUCUUAAUGAAAUUUGUGCAGAAAAACAACCUUAUGUGAGUUGAAACUGUUAUUUGAAACCACAAGUGUGUCAACAAAGACGUGUGUGUCAGUUAUUGAGCUAUGAAUGUUUACUUGAAUGUAUUAUCAUUUCAUGAAUGACCAAACCAGGUAAAUAAAUAUAGUUUUUAAAAGA